CUUGUACAAUCAUCUCUAUCUCACAUCCCUUCAUAUUCCUCCAAUAUUCAAACUCAAUACCUUCAGUCCAACAACAAGUGGAAACACAACCGCAUAAGGUCGCAACGUAUGGGAACGGCUAGUAUAGCCACGCGGGUUGGAGCCGCCGUCAAGAAAGCAGCGGCAAACACAGGGUCAGGCUGGUUUGGCCCUCACAUGGCUGCCGCUUCUCGCGCCAUCGCCGAGCGAAUCCCGCUCGUUGAUCUUGUCCUCGAAAUCAGAGAUGCAAGGAUUCCAUUGUCAUCAGAGUAUGAGCAACUCAAACACUUACCAUUGUCAUCAAGGCACAUCAUCGUACUCAACAAGAUAGACCUAGCAAAUCGCACGCAAUUGAAGGAGUGGAUGAAGUAUUUUGACCAACAAAAUUGCAUUUCUUAUGGGGUCAACUCCCAUAACAAGGAGAAUAUAAAGCAGUUCCUGAACUUUCUACAAGGCCAAGUGAGAGAAAUGAAGAAGUUUGAUCACUCUGGUUAUACGACAACAAUAAUGCUACUUGGAAUUCCUAAUGUCGGUAAGUCAGCCCUUGCCAACUCUUUGCAUCAAAUUGGACGGAUCAGUGCGGCAGAGAAGGGAAAGUUGAAGCAUGCAAUUGUGAGUCCAUUGCCAGGAGAGACAAAAAAUAUUAGCAGCUUGAAGAUUGGUAGCCAUCCCAAUAUUUACGUCUUGGACACCCCAGGCAUUUUGCCUCGAGAGAUUCUUGAUGUUGAUGUGUGCUCUAAACUAGCUUUAACAGGAGCUAUUAGGGAUUGUUUGAUUGGGGAAAGAGAACUGGCUCAAUAUUUUCUUGCUGUCCUUAACUUGAAUGAUGAAUAUAAGAAAUGGUCAAAAUUGUCCACCAGUCAAAAUGACAGAUUAUUUGAAGUCCACAAAACAGACGGUUUUGGUGCCACUGACUCAGACAUCAAAUGGAAAAAGCAAUAUCCUACAGAUCACACACAGAAUAAAGGAGAGGAUUGCACUGUGGAAAUGCGGUACUUUGGCAGUGUUGUGGGGUUCAUGGUUGGAGCACAAUGCAGAUUCUCAGGCAGAAAAUUGAAUUGGCAGCUCAUUACCUGGCUUCUUUAUGGAUUUUAUAGUGAAUGAUGUUCGUCAAGCUCUCUACCAGACAAUUUCAUCUUUUGAUGGCAAUUUGGGAGAUGAAAGGGAUUUACAAAGGCUAAUUGAAACUCAGUUCAUAGCAUUGCAGGAAGCUUUUCGUGUGCCUAUAGAAUUAGGUGAGAAUGCUUGCAGUAAAGUAGCUACUAAGUUGAUUAAUUUGUAUCGUACAGGGAGGCUUGGUCAUUAUUCCCUUGACCGGUUGCCAGGGAAUGUCCAAUGACCCUCUAUAUGUUAUUGUAAUAUUAACUCCUAUUCAGUUUGGGAGCAAAACCAGUUGUAUAAUUAUAUAGUUAAUCUUUUUUAGUUGGAAA